AAAUCUGUGGCAAAAGCAACGCGGCCAAAACGAAACGAACCCUUAACGAAACACAAGUUGAAACGACGAAAUCAAGUGAAACUAAAACGAAACGAAACGAUAGCGCAGCGAUAACUGCGAUAUCUGGCCGAUAACGGCGAUAACAUGCACUCCAGCUCCCAAUCGACGCUGAAGCGCACUCAACAACUGGUGCGGCAGACAAAUGGCGGUCGAGGUGAUGUCCUGAGCAGCGGAUCCGAGGUGGUGCACUCCUCCCGUGGUCCAGCCAUAACCACCAAUAUUGAUGACUCUAACAGUCUGCGAUAUCGCCAUGAGACCAAGCGAGAGCGCACCGUGGAGGCAGUGAUCACGGACUAUCCGGGAGUAUCUCCGUUGGGUAGUGUGCCUCACGAGCGAACGAAUUUUGAGCGCACUGUUACCUUCCAAGAUCCCUCGGGGAAUUCCCGUCGCGUCUCCGAGACUCGAGCCUUGGUCCCGUCCAGUGGUGGUAUCUCUUCAUCUUCGGCCCAGCACUAUCAGCAGGUGACGCGAAAUAAGCGCAUCUCCACUGAGGUCUUGGGAUCGAGUGUGGAGAGCACCAAGACAUCGCAACGUGCUCCGAACGGCCAUAGGCGUGUGACCACGCACAUUGUCCGUAAGGUGACCACUUUGAGUCGGGCCGAGGAGAAUGCACAGCCCGCCGAGGAUCUGCUGCCACCGGCCAAAAUGAUUCGUAGCUCGGAGCUGGAGUAUCGUCGUGCCCUGCCAUCGGCUAUAGAAUCGUCCACGCAGCGCAGAGAGAUCUCCGAUAUUGUUGUGGGCAAGGAGGACAACGUAUCCGCUCGGGAGGCCCUGCUGCGCUGGGCACGCCGCUCAACUGCUCGGUAUCCGGGCGUGCGUGUCAACGAUUUUACAUCGUCGUGGAGGGAUGGAUUGGCCUUCUCGGCGUUGGUGCAUCGCAACCGACCGGACUUGCUUGACUGGCGAAAGGCAAGGAACGAUCGGCCGCGCGAGCGCCUGGAGACGGCCUUCCACAUUGUGGAGAAGGAGUACGGAGUGACGCGUCUACUGGAUCCCGAGGAUGUGGACACCAACGAGCCGGAUGAGAAGUCUCUCAUCACGUACAUCUCAUCGCUGUAUGAUGUGUUCCCGGAGCCACCAUCUAUCCAUCCACUGUUCGACAUGGAGUCGCAACGUCGCGUCCAUGAGUACCGUGAUUUGGCCCAGCAGUUCAUCUACUGGUGCCGCGAGAAGACAGCUUACUUGCAGGAGCGCUCCUUCCCGCCCACACUCAUAGAGAUGAAGCGUCUGCUGAGCGAUCUGCAGCGCUUCCGCAGUGAGGAGGUGAGCGCUCGCAAGCGCGAGAAGUCCAAGCUCGUUCAGAUCUACAAGGAGCUGGAACGCUACUUCGAAACUGUGGGAGAGGUGGACGUGGAGGCCGAACUGAGGCCAGAUGCCAUAGAGAAGGCCUGGUAUCGCAUGAACACUGCCCUGCAGGAUCGUGAGGUUAUUCUGCAGCAGGAGAUCGAGCGGCUGGAAAGGCUGCAGCGCUUGGCCGACAAGGUGCAGCGCGAGAUCAAGCAUGUGGAUCAGAAACUUACAGAUCUGGAGACGCGUAUUGGCGAGGAGGGACGCCGCAUCGAGCGAUUGCAUCCCGUGGACGCUAAGAGCAUCGUGGAGGCACUCGAGACGGAGAUCCGUCAUCUGGAGGAGCCCAUCCAGGACAUGAAUCAGGACUGUCACGUGCUCAACGAGGGACGCUAUCCCCAUGUCAGCGAGCUGCACAAGAAGGUCAACAAACUGCACCAACGGUGGGCUCAGCUGCGCACCAAUUUCCACACGAACCUGGUACAGAAGCUGUCCGGUUUGAAGUAUCCCGUCCACGAGACCACAGUGACGCGUCAAACGCGCAUGGUGGUCGAGUCCCGUCAGAUCGACACGAAUCCCCAUUUCCGCGAUCUGCAGGAGCACAUUGAAUGGUGCCAGAAUAAGUUGAAACAAUUGCUUGCCGCUGAUUAUGGCAGCGACCUGCCAUCGGUCAAGGAGGAACUGGAUCGUCAACAGCACGAGCACAAGAUCAUCGAUCAGUUCCACUCCAAAAUACUCAACGACGAACGCCAGCAGACCAAGUUCUCCGGCGAUGAGCUGGCCCUGUAUCAGCAGCGCCUCAAUCAGCUGCAAAAGGUAUACGCCGAGCUGCUCAGCACCUCGACGAAGCGCCUUUCCGAUCUGGACUCACUGCAGCACUUCCUGGGCCAGGCCUCGGCGGAGCUGCAGUGGCUCAACGAGAAGGAGCAGGUGGAGAUUACACGCGACUGGGCGGACAAGCAACUCGAUCUGCCCUCCGUGCACAGAUACUAUGAGAACCUUAUGUCCGAACUGGAGAAGCGUGAAAUGCACUUUGCCACCAUUCUGGAUCGCGGUGAGGCCCUGUUAAACCAACAGCAUCCUGCUUCCAAGUGCAUCGAAGCCCAUCUGACUGCCUUGCAGCAGCAGUGGGCCUGGUUGCUGCAGCUGACACUCUGCCUAGAGGUCCAUCUAAAGCACGCCACCGAGUACCAUCAGUUCUUUGGCGAGAUCAAGGAUGCCGAACAGUGGCUAGCCAAGCGCGACGAAAUACUCAAUAGCAAGUUCUCGCAAUCGGACUUUGGCCUCGAUCAGGGUGAAACCCUUCUGAGGGGCAUGCAGGAUUUGCGUGAGGAGUUGAAUGCCUUCGGUGAAACCGUUGCCACAUUGCAGCGCAGGGCCCAGACUGUGGUGCCGCUGAACAAGCGCCGACAGCCGGUGAAUCGUCAAGGACCCGUGCAGGCCAUCUGCGCGUAUAAGCAGCAGGGUCAGCUGCAGAUCGAAAAGGGCGAGACGGUUACGCUGCUGGACAACUCGGGACGCGUGAAGUGGCGCGUGCGCACUGCCGGUGGUCAGGAGGGCCCGAUACCCGGCGCCUGUCUACUGCUGCCACCUCCCGAUCAGGAGGCCAUCGAUGCCGCCGAGCGCCUGAAGCGGCUCUUCGAUCGUUCCGUGGCUCUUUGGCAAAAGAAGCAUCUGCGCCUGCGCCAGAACAUGAUCUUCGCCACCAUUCGCGUGGUCAAGGGUUGGGACUUUGACCAGUUCCUGGCCAUGGGUCCCGAGCAGCGCACAGCCAUCCGACGUGCCCUCAACGAUGAUGCCGACAAAUUGCUGAGCGAGGGCGAUCCCAACGAUCCGCAGCUGCGACGUCUGCGUCGCGAAAUGGACGAGGUCAAUCGUUUGUUCGAUGAGUUCGAGAAGCGAGCGCGCGCCGAAGAGGAAAGCAAGCAGGCCAGCCGCAUCUUCACCGAGGAAUGCAUUGCCAUCAAGAGCAAGUUGGAGGACAUGGCCCGUGAGCUGGACCAGAUUAUUCUAGCUCCACUGCCACGGGAUCUGGACUCGCUGGAGCAUGUGCUUGAAAUUCAUGCCGACUACGAGCGCAGGCUGCAUUUGCUGGAGCCGGAGCUGAAGCAUCUGCAGGAGACCUUCCGCACGAUUGCUCUGAAGACUCCUGUGCUGAAGAAGAGCCUGGACAACCUGAUGGAGCUGUGGAAGGAGUUGAAUACACAGAGUGGACUGCACAAGGAUCGUCUGAAGCUUCUUGAAGCCUCACUGGCUGGCUUGGAAGAUAACGAGCAUGUAAUCUCCGAGCUGGAGAAUGAACUGGCCAAGCACCAGGAUCUGCCUUCGACAGCCGAGGGCCUGCAGCAAGUGUUCAAGCAACUUAAUCACAUGCAGGACAUCAUCACACAGCAGCAGCCGCAGAUGGACAAGAUGAACGAUGCGGCUGACCAGCUGGGACGCAUGGGAGUGCCCACCAAGGUGCUGGGUGACCUGAAGCGCCUGCAUUCGAAUGUGGAGCGUCUGAACACGCGCUGGAGUGCGGUGUGCAACCAACUGGGCGAGAGAAUGCGCUCAUGCGAGACGGCUAUCGGGCUGAUGAAGAAUCUCCAGUCGAGCGUGCAAGUGGAGGAAUCAUGGGUGGAUGGCACCACGGAGCGCCUUUCGGCCAUGCCCACCGCCACUUCGGCGUACGAACUAGACAAACUGCUCGGAGCUGCAAUCGAACGAAAACCAAAAAUCGAAAAUGUCAACGUGGCUGGAGGACGACUUAUACGCGAAGCCAAGAUCUACGAUAGCAAGUGCCUGCGCUUCGUGGACUGGCUGCUCGAGGCCCGGCCAUCGUUCUCGCCACCGCGCCGUGAUCUCCGGCCGGCGGAUAGCGAUCCGGGUGCCACACAGUAUUACAGCCAGCGAUUGGACAAUCUCAAUACGAAAUACGACAGGUUGCUGGAACAAUUGUCACAGAGGCUAAAGACAGCAAUUGAAGUGAAUGGCAGCGAUGGUCUGCAAUACGCUGAGAGUCUUCAGAAACCGCUCAAGACCUUUAGGGUUGACUUCAGUGCGGGCAGCGUACCAACUGGCGAUGGUUACGCUGCACGCCAGGAGGAUCUCUACACCACCACCUACAGCACCACACAAUUCAGCUCAACGAAGACAACGAAAAGCUCUACGAAAAGCAUCUAUAGUAGCGAUGGCUUGGAUUCAGCUAGUCAGGAGGUUAACAGCACCGCUGCUAUCCUGCCCCAGUCGCAGAUCCAGUUCAGCGAGAUUAAAACGCUCAAGCGCGCCCAGCAGUUGGGUGGCCAAUCCGUGCUGGAUAUCGCCGGAAUCCGUGAUCCGCGCACCGGUCGCAUCCUAACCGUAGGCGAGGCCAUCCAGCUACGCAUUCUGGACGUACGCACUGGCGAAAUGUUGGUGGGCGACCGACGCAUCAGCCUGGAACAGGCUGCCGAACAAGGUUUAAUUGAUGCGCAGCUGGCCCGCCAAUUGCUCCAACCGGGAGCGGGACGUGAUGCCAGCGGACGGGAACUGUCGUUGCUGGAAGUUAUCCAGCGCGAGAUUACCGAAGCGGAGUCCGGCUAUGAGACGGCAGAGAAGAGAAUCAAGGUAAACACUACCGUAGAGCAGUCGCCCGAGGCGGCGCUGGGUUCGCCCGAGAACCCACGCAACAUUGCCGACGCCAUUACCGCGGGGAGUGUGGACACCAAGACCGGCCUGUAUCGCGUCAAAUCCGGCCAGACGAUCAGCCUGGCGGAGGCCUACGAGCGCGGCUACCUCAUCCGGCACGAGUCGGUGACAAUCAAGUCGAAUGCGCUGUGCCUGAGCGAUGCGAUUUCGCAUGGCCUGGUCGACGGCGCCGGCUGGAUAGCGGAUCGCAACUCCGGCGACAAGUUCCGGCUGGACUCGGCCAUUGCCAAUCAGUUGAUCGACGCGAGUGUGCGUGAAGUGGUGGACGCGAAACGAGAUACGAAAAUCACACUGCAGGAGGCACUGCAGUCGGGCGUCCUUAAUGCCAAAACCGGUCGGUACGUGAACGAGGUGACCAAGGAGAAGCUGACAUUCGCGGAGGCGCGUAACCGUCAGUUGAUCGUGAAACCGUACACGCUGAAGGACAUCUGCGAUUUGAACCUGCUCGAUAAGCAGGCUCAGAUCACGAGUCCCAUGCGCCGCGAAAAGCUGAGCAUCAUGCAGGCUAUCGAGGCCGGUGUGCUUGACGGGAAUCAGCUGAAAUGCAUCACCAAGCGAAAAGGUGAACUGGUCACCCUUCAGGAGGCCAUUGCUGACGGCAUCGUGUUGCCGGCGGAGUGCAAGUAUCGCGACUUUAUGACUGGCGAACUCAUUAGCAUUCCGGAGGCGGUAGAGCGCGGUUUGAUUAGUUCUGUGGCGCAGCGUUCGAUCUUCGAUAUUGACGGGUUCAAGGAUCUGAGGAGCAACGACUAUGUUAGUUUUAAUGUGGCCCUGUCGCGUGAACUUCUGCGUCGCAAGAGCACGGGCUUUGCCUUAGAGACGGGUAGGGAUAGCCUGGUGCCCCUGGAGGUUGCCGUGGGUGAGGGUUUGGUGCGCCAGGAGGUGUACGAGAUGUUUAGCCGCGGCAUCGGGGUUCACAAUGCCAGUGGCAAAGAGCUCAGUGUGUUCGAUUUGGUCUAUCACAAUCUGAUUGACCCGAAGACGGGCUACCUGCUGGAUCCCAAGACCGGGGAGACAGUGCCUUUGGACACCGCCAUCGAGCGAAAGUUCAUCACACCCGAGGGAGCUCUUCUCCUGAGCAGUUUACUCAACAUUACACUGACCACAGAGACGGUGACACGGACUAUCAAUCGAUAUGUGACAAUCAGGGCGGGUUCCCAAGAGCCGGGCGGCGAGAGUGUGCUGCUCACUUUCACCGAGGCGGUGCGACAAGGUUUCAUUGACGAGGAUAGGCAGCUCUUUAAAGACCCCAAGACAGGCAACGUUUACUCCGUGCAACAGGCGCUUAACUACGGCCUAUUGGUGCCCGACAGCAACCAAACCGUUCCAGAGCCAACAAAUAGGAAGAAGACAAAGUCCACAAUCACCAUUGUGACCAAGCAGAUCAUACCAGAAGCUGAGCCCAUCAAGUUAAACACACAACACACCAAGUAUGUGGAGAAAUCGGUGGAAAUUCCCAUUUCUCAGGAGCUGGUAAAGCCUCAACGCGUAGUCUCCGAUUUUAUCAACAUGGAGAAGAGCAGCUACAUCGAGCAAAAUGUGACAGAGCGUCAGAUCAUGGAGCUGCCUCCCGGCGGCUGGCGACUGAAGGAUGCCAUCGAGCAGCGGCUAUUUAAUCCCGAUACGGGAGUAUUCCAUGUGCAGGGCACAGAUCGUUUGGUCAGCUUUGAGGAAUGCAUCAACAGGCAGAUCAUCAACAAUCUAUCGGUUUCUGUUAUUGAUCCUAGCACUGGUGACAAGAUCUCCGUGCAGUCAGCCUUUGAACGUGAUAUUCUGGAUAGUUAUGGCAACUAUACCAACAGCAGGAAGCAAGUCCUGGGCAUGCGAAGUGCCAUCGACGAGGGCAAAAUUAUUCUGGAGACUGUACCAGCGACAAGAGGAGCCAAUCAAAAGACAAUCCUUCGCAUCACUCGGGUUAAUAAUAUGCCAGAUGUUCUGGAGGUUUCAACACCCCUGAAAGAUGCCCCGCCCAAGUUUGUGGAGGUGCUCACCUGCCAGCGAGAACUCGCCUCUCCGGAGCCCUUGCAAAUUGCACCUGGCGCCAUCUACGAUCCGUCCACAGCUUUGGUGAUUUUCACUCAGAGCGGGGAAACGGAGAACAUCUUCGAUGCGGCCCGCCAAGGACUGAUUGAUGAGCAGCUGAUCAAGAUCAUAGAUCCCACGACAAAACAACCCAUUUCGGUGACAGAGGCGAUAGCUCGUGCCAUUUACGAUCCCAAGACAGCGACGAUACUCGAUUCCGAAGGACAGCCAGUUGAUCUGAUCACAGCCACCAAACUGGGACUCUUGAGUGUAGUUGGUGCUCCUUUGGUUGCCGCAGAGGGAGCACUGAGAACGGUGCGCUUUGUCACUGACCCGCGAACGGGAGAGCAAAUACCCGUUGAGGUGGCCUAUGAGCGAGGUAUAGUGUCACGAGAUCAACUGCAACGAGGACGAUCUUUUGACAGUGAACCGUCGACGACGACGGUGGAGGAAAAGGUGGUCGUUCUGCAGCGCAUGCGGAAGAUCAUUCUGAAGCCAAAGGAUGCCCAGCGCAAGGGAAUCAUCGAUGAGGAGACCUGCCAGAUACUCGAAAAUACUAGCAACUUCACCAAUCCUAAAGGCGAAGUGGUCAACAUAAGCGAGGCUCUGAAUACAGGACUAAUUGAUGGCCGCCGUGGUAAAAUUAUCGAUCCACAGAGCAAUCGAGUGCUUAAUUUCCGCCAAGCCGUCGAACAAAAGAUUCUGGAUCCUGAGCAAACCAAUCACAUACUGAUGCCAUUGGCCAAGAGCUUGUCCGUACCGAGGUUGGCGGCUCAGGGAUUAAUUGAUCCUCAAACUCAGACUAUUGUACAUCCAGAGAGUGGAUAUCCACUAAGCAUCCACGAGGCUAUCGUGUGCGAGGUCCUGGAUCCACAAUCGAAACUGCACAAGCCCGAAAAAUGCACCCUGGAGGAGGCAAUCACCAAGGGAAUUGUCAACGCCGAUGAUUCCACAUUCAGCUACAAGAACAAGACCCUCAACAUCACCGAAGCCAUUGAAGCUAAACUCUUCGAUCCCAGCUACGAUCAGCAUAAAUCCAAGGUGGAAAUUCCACCGGUGGGUAUGAUCUUCCCAGUGGCAGUCGAAAAGAGCCUUGUGGAGCCGUCAAAGCGUGUGGUUCUGCAUCCAAAUACCAAGAAGGCACUCCCCAUUAAGCAAGCCAUCGAUGAGAACUUUAUUAUGUCCAUUCCCUAUGCCCCCAAGCCAGAUGCCAUUGAGGUGGUGCCUGCCUUGGAGCGGGGACUCAUUGAUGUCGCAAGCCAAACACUGACGGUUCCAACUACUGGAGAACGUUUGCCCCUACGUCAGGCCAUGGAGAAUGGUGUGCUGGUAGUGAAACAUCUUUCCGACUUUGUGGUGACCCAGAAACCCAUUCCCAAGACAGAGAUAAUGGAGACUGUUCGAGCCGUCCAUACUGUGACCACCAAGACCAUUGAAUUGAUGCAAGGAUACGUACUCAUCUCAAACAACGAGGUGCAGAAUGUUAACACCGGCGAAGUAUGCAGCUUGGAAGAGGCUAAGGAGCUUGGAAUCCUGCGCGAGGAGUCCACAACACGAGAGACCAAGGCAUCAGCGGGAGAGAGUCCUGAAGCUGUUGCAAACCUUCCUACGAGCAGCGAUCAAACAGUUGUAGUGGAAGAGCGAACCCAGACAGUGGUGGUCAGUUCGGACACUCACAAGCAGGAAAUGCAAGUGGUCAGCACGACGCAGUCCACAAAGGAAACACCCCUCCCAAUUGUGACCGAAGGCGAUGCAAAGAGCAGUAAGGAGCCGUCGAAGACUCUGCAAAAUGUUAAAGAUGCUGCCAAGAUGGGAGCACUGGGAGUAAUUGCAGCUCCAGUGCUGGCCGGAGGAGCCCUCGUAAGCGGCGUUAAGAGCCUCAUUAACUCUGUGAAGUCUCCCAGUGAAGAUGCCAAGACAAGCAAGCAACCAGAACAACCUCAAACCUCCUUCAUUGACCAGGAGCGCCGCAAUGUGCCACAGCCGCAACAAGUGCCAAGUGAGGUGGAUAAUCUCCUCAGCGAAACAGAGAAUUUCAUCAGCUCGACAACUGCCAACUUUAUAGCUAACGAACAGCAGCAGCAGGCAAAGCCUCAGGAAGCUUCAACGGUGGAGUCAUCGACCACGCUGACCACCACAACAGUCACAACAAUAACUACCUCAAAAACAGUAGGAGAGUCUGGUGAUCUCGAACCAGUUGUUGUUGAAGAUGUCAAAACUACCACAACUGUGGAGGAGAAGCCAGUGCCGGUGCAGACUGCUGACAAGCCCAAAGAAGUGCCAGCAGAGGAAAUUGAUAUUGUUAAGGUAACUGAAACUAUACCUGCAGUGACAAGUCAGGAGACAGAUUAUACAGCCGACAAGACAGCUCCUAGGGAAGCAAAUGCUCAGGAACCUAUACAAAAGAAACCAGAACCAGAGCCAGUUAAGAAAGAACCCAGUCCAAAGUCAUCGGAGAAAGAGCCCAGCCCAGAGCCAGUUAAGAAGGAGAGUACUCCUGAGCCAGUUAAGAAGGACACUACUCCUGAGCCAGUUAAGAAGGACACUAAUCCUGAGCCAGUUAAGAGGGAGAAUACUGCCGAAAAAAUUCGAGAGCCAUUCAAAAAGGAGAAAACUUCCGAGCCAGCUGUUAAGGAGCCUUCUCCGGAACCAACAACAAAACCAGAACCGAAACCAAGGACUGCUAAAAAGGAUGAGAUGUCAGAAAUUGAACCACCCUUCAAAGCCCCACUGGCUCCCUUCGCUGAACCUACCUCUGAGACAAAGAUUACAGAAGUAACAAGCGAAAUUCAAGAACCUGUCACAAGUUCAGAAACUAUCACUACUAUUACAACAACGGUGAGAACAACAGAAGAACAACCGACGGUUCAGGAAGUUACAGUCACCCAAAAGUCGGAGCCAGAAAAGAUUGUGGAUGCACAGCUUAACGAAGCCGUUGAAGUGGAUCAACCUCGUGAGCACACCAAUGAACCUAGCACAAUUGUUCUAGAAGAAAGAAUAAUUACCAUCGAAGAGCCAACAAUCACGGAAUCUACAGUGACAACAACAACCAUUACCACAACAACUACAACUACGGGCAAUGAUGGACAGCUGCCACAGGAGACUGUUGUCACUGAAACAGUGAAAGAGACGCCGGUAGAGGAACCAGCUAAACCUACGGAUACUACUCAGACAACCGAAACAUUUACAGCUAUCAUCAAUGAAGAGAAGCAGCCCCAACAACCUGGUAAUCUCGAACAGAUCAGUCAUCCUGCUUCGGACAAACAUCAGUCCGUUGUUGAUUUUAUUGAGCGUGAGAAGGGUCCGCAGGAAGCACUGGGAACUGGCAGUAAUAUCAUGCAGAAUGUCAAGGAUGCUGCCAAGUUGGGCGCCUUGGCCAUUGUGGGAGCACCUGUCCUUGCUGGCAAGGCUUUGGUGGAUGCCCUGACCACAGAAAAGACACCGAAACCAGGACAGACCACAUCUCAAGUGGUAACCGAGUAUGUAGAAGAACAACCAAGUGAAGUGUACUCCACUGGCAGCACCACAUUAACCACCAAAGUAACCACUACCACGACCACAAUAACAACAACAAGUGCAGAUGGUACUCCGGAAGAUGAGGCUCGAGAUGUGGUGGAAAUGCCAGCUCAAUCUGCGGAAACCACCAUUAAACGAGAGGUUCCAAAGACAUUGGCCAUAGGCGAUGCUAUUUCCCAGAAUCUUAUCAGUCCCGAUGAGUGCCAGGUGAUUGUGGAUGGUGAACAGCAAUCUCAGACUGUCUCAACGCUGCUCAAGGAGGAGCAGCUUAGUCCCUUGGACGAAGUCCAAAUCAUUGACGACAAACUUAUUGUGCUGCAGCAGAUAACCUACCUGGUGGAUGGGGACACCGAAUUGACUGUCGAGAACCUGAGCGAUCUGAACAUCUAUGAUCCCGAGAAUCAGUACUUCAUUGAUCCUAACACAGGCCAGAAAAUCUCCUUCCACACCCUUGUCUUUGACAUGAACAUUUUCAAUCCGGAGACUAUUUUGGUGAAGAAUUUUAGCACCGGCAAAUACGAGAACCUCACAACGGCUCUAGAGCGUCCGUUGCUGGACAGACACACUGGACACAUGGUGGAUCCCAAGACAGGCAAGAAGAUUCCAUUCUUCGAAUGCAUCGCCCGCGAGUGGAUAAUCCGAUCGAAUCCCGAGGAGCAGCGUCCAUCGGGCAUCGAGAACGUGACGAUUGACACCCAGACCGGACAGGUGGUACUUGACGAUGGUCGGGUUUGCUCCAUUGUUGAGGCCAUCAACAGUGGCAAGCUGGACAUUCAGUCGAUAUCGGUGCGCGACCCAGUCAGCGGUGAGGUGAUUCCCCUGCGUAUGGCAAUUGAGUUGGGAGUGGUGGACAUGCAAGCGGGCACGGUUAUUGACAUUCAGACACUCAAGGAGAUCCCCAUGGAGCUGGCCUUCCAGCUAGGCUUUUUGGUGCCCGGCGCACGUAAGCCAAUCUCCUUGGAGGCAGCCGUCCGCAAGGGUCUGUAUGAUCCCGAGACAGGCAAGCUCUUUGACUCGGAGAGUCAGAACCAAGUUGAUGUGCAAAAGUCCAUUGAAAUUGGUCUAGUAGACCCGAAGAUAUCUCUGAUUGUGGAUACGGUAACCAAGAAGGAAGUGAAGCUAGACUGCGCCAUCGAAGAUGACUUGGUGUUACCUGCCACGGGUCAGAUCAAGGACAACAAAAACAACACGCUGGUGCCCUUCGAUGUCGGGGUGCAGCAGCGUCUGCUGAAGACAGACAGCGUCACCUGGAGCCUGCCGGAGGUGCUGCAGCGUGAAUACUACAUGCCCAGCACUGGCAAGGUUCUCAAUCCAGUCACCGGCGAGGAGAUCCUCCUCCAACAAGCCAUUGAAAUGGGUUUCGUGGAACUGGACACGACACUGGUCAAAGACGCAGAUCACGACAAGAUCGUGCCGGGCAAAGAGGCGGCCAAGGUGGGUCUUCUGGACACGGUCCGUGGCACGCUCAGUUCGCCCAACAUCAGCCUCGACGAGGCCUUCGUCAAGGGCUACCUGAUCAGCACAAAGAAGCCGCUGUCCCUGGUCGAUUGCCUGCUGCGUGGCCUUUACGACCCUUCGACAGCCAAAUUCACCAUCGACGACAAGCAGCUGGACCUUAAGUCGGCCAUUGCCCAGAAGCUCAUCAAUCCCGAGGAGCUGGUGCUGCUCGACCCCAAGACAGAGUCUAUCAUUUCUAUAACCGAGGCCAUAGCCAAGGGUUAUCUAGACCCGAUUGGCGGAUAUGUGAUCAAUCCCUAUGCCUCCACCAAGUUGUCCCUCCACGAAGCCCUGGAGAAUCGUAUUCUAAUCCCGCCCAAGCGCAAGCGCAGCCUGCCGGACGCCGUCUACCGGGGUCUGUACGAUCCGAAGACGGGCCAGUUCAGCAAUACGGUAACCCGCGAGAAACUCACAACUGAACGUGCCAUUCGUAGGGGCAUCCUCGAUCCCGAUUCGACGGUCGUCAAUGUGGGCUCUGGCCAGAUCAUUCCAUUCGGGGUGGCCACAGAAACUGGCAUAAUCGAUAGUAGGCAGGGAACUGUGAAGGAUACCGAUGACAAUGCCAUUGACUUUAAGGAGGCCUUCGAUCGCGGUGUUUUAGUCGAAGCCAAGAAGCCACUGCGCCUCAUUGAGGCUGUGGUCAAGAACGUCUACGAUGAGAUCGACGGACACUUUGUGGAUCCCAAGUCGGGCGAGAAACUGAACUUUGCGGAGGCCUUGAACACCAACUUGUUGGACGAGCACAGUGUGCAAAUCAGGGACUUCAAGACGGGUCUUUACAAGCAAUUAAACCUGACACACGCCAAGGACACGGGAAUUAUUGAUGCUCAGAACUCGAAGCUACUGUACAACAACCAGACAAUGACUCUAAAACACGCCUUUGACAUUGGCAUCCUAAUGGAUGUCAAUGCGCCCAUCAGCAUUCAGCGAGCGAUCCAUCAGGGAUUAUUCGAUGAUAAGACUGGCAAGCUGAGCGAUCCCCGUAGCGGUCGCCAGAUCACUCUGCUCGAGAGUAUGCGCAGUUUUGUCAUUAAUCCGCACCUGCCGUGCUACUUCGAUGAGCAAAAUGAGCAGAUGUACUCGCUGAGCGAGACCUGUCGCAAUGGCAUUAUCAACCGUAGGGAGGGUGUCUUCCGGGAGCCGGGCAGUAGUAACUUUGUACCGCUAGGCGAGGCCCUUAGCUUAGGUCUGAUCGUGGACAUUGAGAAUGCCGGUUUCGGUUUGUACGAACUCCUGUCCAUGGGUUUCUAUGAUGUCAACACCCGCAAGGUUCUUCACCCAGUCACGAAUCGCAAGCUCAACCUGAAUGAAGCCUGUGUCGAGGAUGUGGUUAGCCUGUCCUCCAGUUUGGUAAAACACCACGAGAGUGGCAAGUACCUGCGAUUGGCAAACGCUAUCAAGGAGCAGCUCAUCGAUGAUUCUAGGGGAGUCUAUAAUUUGGGCAGCGAACAGCUUGAUCUGCAGGCAGCUCGAUCCCGGGGUUUGAUUGUCUCCAAUCGCCGUCUCCUUAGCCUUGAACUUGUCCUACGUCAGCAACUCUACCGCCCCGAAACGGGUAAGUUCUGCGACCCCACAACCGGCGAGUAUCUCGAUCUGAUCGAGGCCAUUCACUCGGGCUUUAUAGAUCCCGCGACGACCGUGUUUAAGAAUCAGGUCACCGGUAAGGAGCUUCCUCUAACGGAAGCCAUUGAAAACGGGGACAUUGACGUGACCAAGGGUAGGGUAUUCGAUCCCAAGUCCAAGUCAGCUUACAACUAUGACGUGGCACUCGCUCGGGGUAUACUCGUAACUGUUGUCCGUCCACUGACCGAUCGCAGCGACGUUGUUCGCCGACAGGAUAGCGUUGAAUUGUUGGGACAAACGCCUGUCAGCGUUGUGAUUAGCAAACCGCGCGAAAUGUCUCUCGAGGAGGCCAUCCGUUACAAUAUAAUCGAUCCCAAGACCGCGCUCGUUCGCGAUUUCGAUAGCUUUAAGUGCCUACCUUACUCGGUGGCCGUGGAACGCGGUCUCGUGGACACCACCAAACGCACUCUCGUGGAUCCCAAGGCCCUGUACUUUGCCUUCGAUCCCACUUUAAUUGUUUAUGUCCGUGAGCCGGUCACCUUUGACCAGGCGGCCGAGUCCAAGUGGUUGGACUUGCAGACCGGAAUGCUGACCUAUGUGCCAGCCAGUGGACCAGGAUCCGCACCAGCACCAGCCAACGACGACAGCGCAAACGAUUCGCUGACUGUCAUCGAAACGCCCAAGGUAUACACGCUCAAGGAUGCCGCCAGUGCGGGCGUGAUCGAUCCCGAUUCCGCGCUGGUCAAGGAUCUGGCCAAGGCCAAGCUGGUCCGGUUGCCGGAGGCCUUCCGCAAGGGCCUGAUGGAUGCGAACAAGGCGAAUGUACUGAAUACGCAGACCUCCAAGCUCUGCACCCUGCAGGAGGCCUACGAGAGUGGCCUGAUCUGCACGCCCAAGCGGUCAUUCGGCUUGCUAGAAGCCAUCACCUUUAACCUGUACAACCCAACCAACGGCUGCCUAGUUGAUCCCUUCCAAAUGCAUCCCGACAUCAUCCGACGCCGAAAGUUCACCCUGGCCGAGGCCAUUGGCUCGGGUCUGGUGGAUCCCUCGUCGACGGUGGUGCGAGACCCCAGCAGUGGGGUCAUUGUCCCACUAACGGCUGCCAUCGGCAGCGGGCUGAUCGAUGCCACCGAGGGCCGUCUGACCGAUGCCAAUGAGCCGAAGAACAACAUUGACCUGGUGAAGGCCGCCGAGAAGGGUCUGCUCCUGCCGGCAGAACAGAGGCAAGCAGUAUUCGAGAAGUUCAACAUGUGCGAGGAAAAUGUGAACGAUCUGUUGAAAUGGGUCACCACUGUGGAACAGAAAAUCUCAAGUGUCGGCGGACCUCGCGAGAAGAUCGAUGAGCUGCGCAACCAGAUUAAUGCUCUCAAGCAAAUCAAGGAUGAGAUUGAGUCCCAGCAGCGACCGGUGGCCACUUGUCUGGAGCAAAUCCGUCAGAUUGUGCUCACCGGUGGUGAUGUUCUGUGCCCCGAAGUCACAACCCUGGAGAACUCUGGUCGAGAGCUACGUUCUCGUGUGGAUCGUGUCAACGAUCGCACUGUGCGUCUGCUCCGUCGCCUGGAGGCUGGCCGUGAUGAGCUGACCAAGCUGCGCAGCGAGUUGGAUAUUUUCUCCGACUGGCUGCAAGUAGCCCGUCGCACACUGGAGGACAAGGAGCGUUCCCUGUCCGAUUUGACGCGACUGCCCUCGCAGGCUGACUCCGUGAGGGAGUUUGUCAGCGAUGUUAUUGGCCACCAGGCCGAUCUGCGCUUCAUAACCAUGGCUGCCCAGAAGUUUGUGGACGAGAGCAAGGAAUUCCUCGCCAUUCUCAACGAUUUCCGCACCUCGCUGCCCGAGCGACUGCCCCAUGUGGAGCCGCUGUCCAGUGCCGAGAGUCCCAUCCGACAGGAGGUGUCGCUGGUCUCGGCCCAGUACAAGGAUCUGCUGAACCGUGUCAACGCUCUGCAAGAUCGCGUCUCUGGCUUGGGAGGACGUCAACGGGAGUACCAGGAUGCCUUGGACAAGGCCAACGAGUGGCUGAGGAGUGUGCAUCCGCGUGUCUCGCGCAUCAUUUCCGAGCCAAUAGCCGGCGACCCGAAGGGAGUCCAGGACCAGAUGAACGAAGCCAAGGCUCUGCACAACGAGCUCCUGUCCAGUGGCCGACUGGUGGACAAUGCCCAACAGGCACUUGACAAUCUGCUGCGCAGCCUGGGCGGUCAACUCAGCCCAAUGGAGAUCAACCAGUUGGAACUGCCCAUUGCCGAUCUGAAGAACAACUACCAGCAACUGCUGGACAAUCUUGGCGAGCACUGCAAGACUCUGGACAAGACUCUGGUGCAGUCGCAGGGCGUGCAAGAUGCCCUGGACAGUCUCGUGGGAUGGGUUAACCAGGCCGAGGACAAGUACAAACUGAACCUGCGCCCCGCUUCGCUCAUUAAGGAGCGUCUGCAGGAGCAGAUCCGCGAACACAAGGUGCUGCUGGCUGAUCUUCAGUCCCACCAGGCUAGCAUCGACAGCGUCCAAAUCUCGGCCAAGCAUCUGCUGGCCAGCGCAUCGAAUGCCCGCAUCGCCAAGAAGGUGGAAUCGAAUUUGAACGAUGUGACGGGCAAGUUCGAGAAGCUCUACGAGAAGGCCAACAAGCGUGGCGAGUUCCUGGAUGACGUCUAUAACCGGCUCAGCAGGUAUUUGGACGAGAUUAGUACCGUGGAGCAGCGCAUGGCCAGUCUGCAGGAGGCUCUCGAUAGCAGGGAGACCAGCCUGCUCUCCACCGAGGAGCUGGCUCGACGGAUGAACGAACUGUCGCGUGAGAAGGAUCAUCUGGCGCCACAGUUCGAGGAUUGCGUGCGCAGCGGCAAGGAUUUGAUUAGCCUGCGCGAUGUCACCGACACAGGAGCUUUGCGUGACCGCAUCAAGGCGCUGGAAUCUCAGUGGCGCAACAUCAACAUCAGCAUCGAUGAGCGCGCCAAACUGUCUAAGCAGAAGGCCGAGCAGCAGUUGGCUUACGAGGGACUCAAGGAUCAAGUUCUCUCCUGGCUGUCCAGCACUGAGGCCCGCGUCAACGGCCUCUCGCCGGUGGCCAUCGAUCUGGACAGGAUCAAGCAGCAGCAUGACGAGUUGAAGCCCAUAUGCAAGGACUACCGCGACUAUGCUCCAACUAUUGACAAGAUCAACGAUAUUGGUGCCCAAUACGAUGCCCUGAUUCGCCCGGAGAGCCCUGCCUCGCGCAAGCGGUCCACCUACAGCCCGAUCAAGCGGGCCAGCCCGCUGCGCCGCAUGUCUGGAGACGCCAGAAGCCCCAGCCCUACCAAGGGAGGCAUCCUGUCGCCACUAUCGACUGGUUCCAGUGGAUUCGGUAGCCGCAGGUCCUCCCAGGAUGGUUUCCAGCUCUCGGAACUGUCUCCCGUGCAGCAGCAGCUGAGCGAGAUCAACAACCGCUACGGGCUGAUUGGCGUACGCCUAAACGACCGCCAGCACGAGCUGGACAAUCUGAGUGAGGAGCUGCGCAAGCAAUAUGAGAACCUCAAGGGACUUGCUCAGUUCCUGGAACGCAUCCAGCGCCAAGUGCCCAAGGAGUCCGUUUCCAACAAGGAUGAGGCUGAGCGCUGCAUUAAACAGGCGCGAAAGAUUCUCGAGGACAUGUACGAAAAGCAGAGCCUGCUGGACACCACCAAGGCCCAGGUCAAGGACAUCUUGCGCCGCAAGUCCGAUGUGCCCGGCGCUGAGCAGCUGCGCCAGGAGAACGACAACAUCCAGGAGAAAUGGAAGAAUCUCAACGACAUCUGCAAGAACCGCAUCGCCUUCGCCGAGAAGCUGCGUGACUUCCUGGACACACAUGGCAACCUGAAGAGCUGGCUGGACAGCAAGGAGCGUAUGCUGACCGUCCUCGGACCAAUCUCUUCCGAUCCCCGCAUGGUCCAAAGCCAGGUACAGCAGGUGCAGGUGCUCCGCGAGGAGUUCCGCACCCAGCAGCCGCAACUGAAGCACUUCCAGGAGCUGGGACACGAUGUGGUCGACCAUCUGGCCGGCACUCCCGAUGCCCAGGCCGUCGAAGUGAAGCUCAAGGACAUCCUGGGCAAGUGGGAGGAUCUGGUUGGCAAGCUGGACGACCGCGCCAACAGCUUGGGCGGAGCCGCCGACAGCUCCAAGGAGUUCGAUGCGGCCGUCAAUCGACUACGCGAGGCGCUGCAAAACAUCAGCGACAAUCUGGAUGCCCUUCCCUUGGAUGGGGAUCACCAGGAGAAUCUGCGCAAGAUUGAGAAUCUGGAGCGUCAGUUGGAGGGUCAACGUCCCCUUUUGGCUGAUGUGGAGCAAUCCGCCGCCACUUUGUGCAACAUUCUCGGUGAUCCUGCCUCCCGUGCCGAUGUCAACUCUCGUGUGGCUGCCCUGGAGAAGCAGUAUCUUGCUCUCCAGAAGAAACUGGACACCAAGAAGGCCGAAACAGAGGCAUCACUGCGUGACGGUCGUCACUUUGCCGAGAACUGCUCCAAAACCCUUGGCUGGCUAGGAGGAGAGCUCUCCAACCUGACCGACCGCCUGCUGGUCUCUGCCCACAAACCGACGCUACAGCACCAGAUCGACACCCACGAGCCCAUCUACCGCGAGGUGAUGGCGCGUGAGCACGAGGUAAUUAUGCUGAUCAACAAGGGCAAGGAUCUGUCCGAUCGUCAGCAGGAUCGUGGUGUGAAACGCGACCUGGAUCGCAUCCAGCAGCAGUGGGAGAAACUCCGCCGCGAAGCUGUCGAUCGCCACACGAGACUGCAGACGUGCAUGGAGCACUGCAAGAAGUAUUCGCAGACUUCGGAGACUUUCCUCGCCUGGCUGCGUACCGCCGAGGAUAAGCUGGCCGAUCUCACACCCGGCGUGCUCUCCAAGGCGAAGCUGGAAACGCGUCUGCGCGACCUGCAGACCUUCCGCAGCGAAGUAUGGAAGCAUUCCGGUGAGUUCGAGAACACCAAGGGACUUGGAGAGACCUUCCUCACCAGCUGUGACAUCGACAAGGAACCAAUCAAGGCUGAGUUGCAGGAUAUACGAGAUCGCUGGGAGAGACUGAACAAUGAUCUGAUUGCCCGUGCCCAUGAGAUCGAGAACUGCUCUCGUCGCUUGGGAGACUUCAACGAUGAGUUGCGCAAUCUGGAUCACUCGUUGGGUCGCUGCGAGGACCGUCUCGCUGCCCACGACGCCUUGGGAGGAGCUGCCAAGGAUCCCAAGCUCCUGGAGCGUGUUAAGGCCAUUCGCGAGGAGCUCACCAGUCUGAGCAAGCCGCUGCAGUCGCUGAAGGCUUUGGCCAAAGAUAUCAGUGCCGAGGCUCGGGCAGCUGGCGGUGAUGCCGAUCACUUGACCAGCGAAGUUGACGGACUGGCCGAUCGCAUGUCGGAGUUGCAGGGACGCCUCGAUGAUCGAUGCGGUGAACUGCAGUCGGCAGCCACCGCCGUCUCCCAGUUUAACGAACAAAUGAAGAGUUUGGGCAUCGAUCUUAACGAUCUGGAGACGGAAAUUGAGAAACUUUCGCCACCAGCCCGUGAGAUCAAGAUUGUCCAGCAGCAAAUCGAUGAUGUUGGCAAGAUCCAGCAUAAGUUGGAUAGGCUUGUGGGUCGUCUGGAGGAUGCGGAUCGUGCUGCUGACGUUUUAGUGGAUGCUGGCUUCGCUGCAGACACCACCCAGACCCGUGAGCAAAUCUCCACGCUGCGCAAGACCCUGGGUCGCUUGGAUAACCGAGUGCGCGAUCACGAGGAGAAUCUCCAGGCCACGUUGAAGGCACUGCAUCAGUUCUAUGACAUCCAAUCCCAGACUAUGGACGACAUCCAGGAUGUCAGCGAUGAGUUCAAACGCAUGAAGCCUGUGGGCUCGGAGCUGGAUCAGAUCCGUCGCCAGCAGGAGGACUUCCGCAACUUCAGGGAGCGCAAGGUUGAACCACUGGCCGUGAACGUUGACAAGGUCAACGUGGCUGGACGAGAUCUGGUGCGUUCGGCUGGCAGUGGUGUCUCCACCGCAACCAUUGAGAAGGAUCUGGAGAAGAUGAACGACCGAUGGAAUGACCUAAAGGAGCGCAUGAACGAACGUGAUCGUCGCUUGGAUGUGGCCCUGCUACAAUCUGGCAAGUUCCAGGAAGCACUGGCCGGUCUCUCCAAGUGGCUCAGUGACACGGAGGAAAUGGUGGCCAACCAGAAGCCUCCCAGCUCUGACUACAAGGUGGUGAAGGCCCAGCUACAGGAACAGAAAUUCCUAAAAAAGAUGCUAUUGGAUCGGCAGAAUUCUAUGGGUUCGUUGGCCAAUCUCGGCAAGGAGGUGGCCAAUCAUUGUGAGCCUGCCGAGAGGGCCUCCAUUGAGAAGCAGCUCAACGAUCUGAUGAAGCGAUUCGAUGCCCUUACCGACGGCGCCGAGCAGCGUGAGUUAGACCUGGAAGAGGCCAUGGAGGUGGCCAAGCGUUUCCACGACAAGAUUAGUCCCCUCGAGCUCUGGCUGGACAACACCGAGCGUUCGGUGAAGGCCAUGGAGCUGAUACCUACCGACGAGGAGAAGAUCCAACAGCGCAUCCGGGAGCACGACCGCCUACAUGACGAGAUUCUAGGCAAGAAGCCCGAUUUCACAGAUCUCGCCGAUGUGGCCGCCCAGCUGAUGCAUUUGGUGAGUGACGAGGAGGCUGUCAAUCUUGGCGAGAAGGUGCGCGGCGUGACUGAGCGGUACACCGGUUUGGUGGAUGCCAGCGAUAAUAUCGGAGCUCUGCUCUCCGAGUCCCGCCAGGGACUGCGUCACUUGGUCCUGAGCUAUCAGGAUCUGGUGGCCUGGAUGGAGAGCAUGGAGGCGGAGCUGAAGCGCUUCAAGUCCGUGCCCGUUUACGCCGAGAAGUUGCUGGAGCAGAUGGAUCAUUUGCUGGAGUUGAACGAGAACAUUGCCGGCCAUGCAUCGAAUGUAGAAUCCACUGUGGAGUCCGGUGCCGAGCUGAUGAAGCACAUUUCCAACGAUGAGGCUAUCCAACUAAAGGACAAGCUGGACUCCCUGCAGCGUCGCUAUGGAGACUUGACCAAUCGAGGCGGAGAUCUGUUGAAGAGCGCCCAAAAUGCCCUGCCCUUGGUGCAGCAAUUCCAUGAGGCACACAACCGUCUCGUCGAGUGGAUGCAGAGUGCAGAGGCUGCUCUGGCCCCCAGCGAACCCCGCCAGGCGGAUGUGCUCCGUCUGGAGGGUGAACUUGCCGAUAUGCGUCCCAUUCUGGACACCAUCAACUUGGUGGGACCGCAACUGUGCCAGCUGUCGCCCGGCGAGGGUGCUGCCACCAUCGAGAGCAUUGUGACCCGGGAUAACCGUCGUUUCGACUCGAUCGUGGAGCAAAUCCAACGCAAGGCCGAGCGUCUGCAUCUGAGUAAUCAGCGGGCCAAGGAGGUCACCGGCGACAUUGACGAGCUGCUCGAGUGGUUCCGUGAAAUGGACACCACCUUGCGCGAGGCCGAUCCCCCAGCCAUGGAACCCAAGCUGGUGCGCGCCCAAUUGCAGGAGCAUCGUUCCAUCAACGACGACAUCUCCAGCCAGAAGGGACGCGUGCGUGACGUGACUGCUGCUUCAAAGAAGGUACUCCGCGAGUCCCCGCAGAGCGAGAACACUGCCACGCUUCGCGAGAAGCUGGAUGAUCUCAAGGAGAUCGUUGACACUGUGGCCCAGUUGUGCAGCGAGCGCCUGGGCAUCCUGGAACAGGCUCUCCCUCUGUCGGAGCACUUUGCCGACUCGCAUCAGGGACUCACCACCUGGCUGGACGACAUGGAGCAGCAGAUCUCGCGAUUAAGCAUGCCAGCACUGCGCCCAGACCAGAUAACCCUGCAGCAGGAUAAGAAUGAGCGUCUGCUUCAAUCCAUUGCGGAACACAAGCCACUGCUUGAUAAACUGAACAAGACGGGCGAGGCUUUGGGCUCUCUGGUGGCCGAUGAGGACAGUGCCAAGAUCAAUGAGAUUCUCGAUACGGACAAUGCCCGGUAUGCUGCGCUCCGCCUGGAGCUGCGUGAACGCCAGCAGGCUCUCGAAAGUGCCCUGCAGGAGUCUAGCCAAUUCUCCGACAAGCUGGAGGGUAUGCUGCGUGCCUUGGCCAACACCGUGGAUCAGGUCAACCAACUGGAUCCCCUAUCCGCCCUGCCCCAGAAGAUUCGCGAACAGAUCGAGGACAAUGAUGCAUUGAUGGACGAUCUGGACAAGCGUCAGGAUGCCUUCAGUGCUGUCCAGCGAGCGGCCAAUGAUGUAAUCGCCAAGGCCGGCAACAAGUCCGAUCCCGCCGUGCGUGACAUCAAGGCCAAGCUGGAGAAACUCAACAAUCUGUGGAACGAUGUGCAGAAUGCCACCAAGAAGCGUGGCAGCUCGCUGGAUGACAUUCUCAGCGUGGCGGAGCCUUUCUGGAAGCAGCUGAAUAGCGUGAUGAAGACUCUGAAGGAUCUGGAGGAGACUCUGUCCUGCCAGGAGCCACCAGCGGCACAGCCGCAAGAUAUCAAGAAGCAGCAAGUGGCCCUUCAGGAGAUCCGUCACGAAAUUGACCAGACCAAGCCCGAGGUGGAGCAGGUGCGUCGUCAUGGCAGCAACCUGAUGAACAUGUGCGGCGAACCAGACAAACCAGAGGUGAAGAAGCACAUUGAGGAUCUGGACAAUGCCUGGGACAACAUCACGGCGCUGUAUGCCAAGCGCGAGGAGAAUCUCAUCGAUGCCAUGGAGAAGGCCAUGGAGUUCCAUGAGACGCUGCAGAACCUGCUCAAGUUCCUCACCAAGGCUGAGGACAAGUUUGCCCAUCUUGGAGCCGUGGGUUCGGACAUUGAUGCCGUCAAGCGACAGAUUGAGCAACUCAAGUCGUUCAAGGAUGAAGUCGAUCCGCAUAUGGUUGAAGUAGAAGCAUUAAACAGACAAGCUGUGGAAUUGACGGAACGCACUUCACCCGAGCAGGCGGCAUCUAUCCGCGAACCUUUGUCGGUGGUUAAUCGACGCUGGGAGGCUUUACUCCGUGGCAUGGUUGAGCGCCAGAAGCAACUGGAGCACGCCUUGCUGCACUUGGGUCAAUUCCAGCAUGCCCUCAACGAGCUGCUGGUCUGGAUCAACAGGACAGAUGGAACCUUGGAUCAACUGAAACCGAUUCCCGGCGAUCCGCAACUACUGGAGGUUGAACUGGCCAAGCUUAAGGUGCUGGCCAACGACAUUCAGGCCCAUCAGAACUCUGUGGAUACGCUUAACGAUGCCGGCAGGCAGUUGAUUGAAACAGAGAAGGGUUCCGUGGAGGCAUCCACCACGCAGGAGAAGCUGCGCAAGUUGAACAACGAGUGGAAGCAGCUGCUGCAGAAGGCCAGUGAUCGCCAGCACGAACUGGAGGAGGCCUUGCGCGAGGCCCAUGGCUACAUUUCCGAAGUCCAGGACAUCCUGGGCUGGCUGGGCGAUGUGGACGCCGUUAUUGGUGCCAGUAAGCCCGUGGGUGGACUCCCAGAGACUGCCACCGAGCAGCUGGAGCGCUUCAUGGAGGUGUACAACGAACUGGAUGAGAACCGACCCAAAGUGGAGACGAUUCAGGCCCAGGGCCAGGAGUAUAUCAAGCGUCAGAACCAGAUGAAGGUAUCGUCGAGCAACCUGCAGCACACACUGCGUACGCUUAAGCAGCGCUGGGAUGCCGUUGUAUCCCGCGCUUCCGACAAAAAGAUAAAGCUGGAGAUUGCCCUCAAGGAGGCCACCGAGUUCCACGACACUCUGCAGGCCUUCGUGGAGUGGCUGACCCAGGCCGAAAAGCUGCUGUCCAACGCUGAGCCCGUCUCGCGCGUUCUGGAGACCAUCCAGGCCCAGAUGGAAGAGCACAAGGUGCUGCAGAAGGAUGUGAGCACUCAUCGCGAGGCCAUGUUGCUCCUGGACAAGAAGGGAACACACCUAAAAUACUUCAGCCAGAAGCAGGACGUUAUCCUUAUCAAGAAUCUGCUUGUGUCCGUGCAGCAUCGCUGGGAGCGAGUGGUUAGCAAGGCCGCGGAACGCACCCGUGCUUUGGAUCACGGCUACAAAGAGGCCCGCGAGUUUAACGACGCCUGGAGCGGCAUGAUGCAGUAUUUGCAGGAGACCGAACAGGUUCUGGAUCAGAUCAUAGAGGAGGCCACCGCUUCCAAGGAGCCGCAAAAGAUCAAGAAGUACAUUAGCAAGCUGAAGGAGACGCACCGCCAGCUGGGCGCCAAGCAAACCGUCUACGAUGGCACCAUGCGCACUGGCAAGAAUCUGAUGGAGCGUGCACCCAAGGGCGAUCGCCCAGUACUGGAUAAGAUGCUGAUGGAGCUGAAGGAACAGUGGACUCGCGUCUGGUCCAAGAGCAUCGAGCGCCAGCGAAAGCUGGAGGAGGCUCUGCUCCUCUCGGGCCAGUUUAGCGAUGCUCUGGGUGAGCUCCUCGACUGGCUGAAGAAGGCUAAGAGUCGCCUGAACGAGAAUGGACCCGUCCACGGUGAUCUGGAGACGGUCCAGGGUCUGUGCGAGCACCACAAGCACAUCGAACAGGAUCUGCAGAAGCGUGCCGCUCAAAUGCAGGCCGUUCUCAAGACCGGACGCGACCUGGAACGCUCUGGCAACAACCCAGAGGUGGCCCGCCAGCUCGAUGAGAUGCAGUCCAUUUGGGAGGAAGUCAAGAGUGCCGUUGCCAAGCGGGGUGAACGCCUCCAGGUGGCGCUGGUCGAUGCCGAAAAGCUGAACGCCCGCGUACAGGCUCUCUUCGACUGGCUGGAUCAUGCCGAGCACAAGCUCCGGUAUGCUAAAAACGCACCCGAUGAUGAGAAGGUAUCGCGCGAGAUGAUGGACAUUCAUAUGGAGUUCAUGAAGGAUCUGCGCAUUCGCGAACGCGAGAAGACCGAAACGUUCGAGUACGCCGAGGAUAUUAUCAACAAGGCCUAUCCGGAUGCCAUUCCCAUUAUCAAGAACUGGCUAUCGAUCAUCCAGCAACGCUGGGAGGAGGUGCGCCAAUGGGCCAUCAAUCGGGAGUCGAAGCUGGAGCAGCACCUGCAGUCGCUCAAGGAUCUGGACGAUACCAUUGAGGAGCUACUGGCCUGGCUCAGCGGACUCGAGGGCACACUGUUGAACCUGAAGCACGAACAACUGCCAGAUGAGAUUCCACCGGUGGAGAAACUGAUUGAAGACCACAAGGAGUUCAUGGAGAACACGGCACGCCGCCAGAAUGAAAUAGAUCGCGCCUGCAAGCCCAGGCAGUUGCCACCAGGUGCCAGGAAGCCAUCACGUAGCGGAAAGACGCCAGUCUUCAAGGGAUCUCGGGAUCAAGGACUCAAUGCCCGCAAGGGAAGUCGUGUUACGCCCACACGUGACACACCCGACAGAGAUCGCUUGCCGCACUACGGCCCCCGAUUCUCGCCAAGCACCUCUGGACCCGAAUUGGACUUCCGUUCUCCGCGGGCCAAGCUUCUGUGGACCAAGUGGCGUGAUGUCUGGAUGCUCUCAUGGGAGCGCCAGCGUCUGCUCAACGAUCAUCUGAUGUAUCUGAAGGAUGUGGAGCGUGCCCGUAACUUUAGCUGGGACGAUUGGCGCAAGCGCUUCCUCAAGUACAUGAACCACAAGAAAUCGCGCCUGACGGAUCUUUUCCGCAAAAUGGACAAGGACAACAAUGGCAUGAUUCCACGCGAUGUCUUCAUCGAUGGCAUACUCAAUACGAAAUUCGAUACCUCUGGCUUGGAAAUGAAGGCUGUGGCCGAUCUUUUCGAUCGCAAUGGCGAGGGUCUCAUUGACUGGCAGGAGUUCAUCGCUGCCCUGCGUCCCGAUUGGCAAGAGCGCAAACCGGCCAAUGACUCGGACAAGAUACAUGACGAAGUCAAGCGUCUGGUCAUGCUCUGUACGUGCCGGCAGAAGUUCCGAGUGUUCCAAGUCGGCGAGGGCAAGUAUAGGUUUGGAGACUCCCAGAAGCUGCGUCUGGUUCGCAUCCUUCGCAGUACUGUCAUGGUGCGCGUUGGCGGCGGCUGGGUUGCCCUGGACGAAUUCCUGCAAAAGAACGAUCCUUGUCGCGCCAAGGGACGCACUAACAUUGAGCUGCGCGAACAAUUCAUAUUGGCCGAUGGCGUCUCACAGAGCAUGGCCGCAUUCACGCCCAGACGUUCCACGCCCAAUGCGGCCGCCACUGCCUCCUCCUCACCCAAUGCCCAGAAUGGCGGUAGCUCCAACUUGCCGCCAUAUAUGAGUGGACAGGGUCCCAUCAUCAAGGUUCGCGAGCGUUCCGUUCGCUCCAUUCCCAUGUCGCGACCAUCGCGAUCCUCACUCUCGGCCAGCACCCCCGACUCUCUGAGCGACAACGAGGGCAGCCAUGGUGGACCCUCAGGUCGGUACACGCCCCGCAAGGUCACCUACACGAGCACACGCACGGGCCUCACGCCAGGAGGCUCUCGCGCCGGCUCCAAGCCCAACUCGCGCCCGCUCAGCAGACAAGGAUCGAAGCCGCCUUCGCGACAGGGCUCUACGCUGUCGCUGGAUAGCACUGACGAUCACACGCCCUCACGCAUUCCGCAGCGCAAGCCAUCGACGGCCAGCACCACCAGCGGCACCACGCCGCGUCCAGCGCGUCUUUCGGUGACUACCACCACAACGCCAGGCAGCCGUCUCAAUGGCACCAGCACCAUCACCCGCAAGACCGCCUCCGGUUCGGCCAGUCCAGCGCCCACAAGCAACGGAGGCAUGAGUAGAUCAUCCAGUAUACCAGCACUAACAGGCUUCGGCUUCAAACCAAUUAGGCGGAACAUCAGUGGCAGCUCCACGCCAUCCGGCAUGCAGACGCCGCGCAAGAGUUCAGCGGAGCCGACAUUCAGUUCGACGAUGCGCCGGACAUCGCGGGGCACCACGCCAACGGAAAAGCGCGAACCCUUCCGUCUAUGAGGUGGAAACGAGAGAGACGAGGAAGCAAAAGAAUGCCAAUAUCUACACCACACAACUUUAUGUACUAACUACGCACUGAAGUUCUAAACUAAACUAAACACAAACCCUCUAAAAAUUCC